AUGACCAGCAGCAACACGAGCACAGCCCAGAAGGGCACCUCUCCCUUAGUCCUCAUGCCUCCAGAGAUUCUUUACAUGAUCCUAUCCUUUCUUCCACCCCCUAGUCUGGCGGCAUUAUCCUCCACUUGCCGCCCCCUGUCCAAACACACACAGAACGAUCUCCUCUGGAAGAACCUCGUCAACUCGAAUUUGCCGAAUACCCUUAGUGAACCUGCUCCAUUCAAUACCUGGAGAGAGCUAUACAUAUCCCAAUUCCCAUUGUGGUUCGUGGCGCGCAACAAGAUCUGGUUCUCCGACGUGAUCGACACAGGAAAGCUUAUCGUGACGAGAUACAACUCGCGCAAAGGUAUGAUCGAAGGCUACCGGGUCGUUGCCAAACAUACCUUUCGACAAUUCCAAACGUGGACCUAUGAUACCGAGGUCCUUAUACACUCGUUCAAGCCGCAAGUCUCUUUGUGGACGGAUGACCCGGUCGUGCAACUGGUCAAUUAUCUGCCCACACCAUCCUCACCAUCCAUGAACUGGCGCUUUGGAGAACUUCGAAUGCCCAUGGCUGUUGAAGCCCAGCGUGUUUUUAACAAUUUCAUUUUGUGUGCCAAAAUGCCCCGUGAGGAUGAGGACGACCCUGAAAAGAUUGUGUGGCCGCCGCGGCUUAUCCCGUCUGAUGAGCGCGUGGACCUCUCAGAACAGCAAAAUUUGUCGUUCACACCGAGAGGAAAUGUUCCUGAGAGAUAUGAGAAUCUUUGCAUGUCAGCUUUCCAGGUUAGGCGCUGGGCACAACUUGGAAAUUUCGGGGCUGUUUUUGAUGUAAACAAUACCAGACAUGGUGUAUCUACAUAUGCAACUUUGCAGCCUGAGCUCUAUACUCCGACUCGAGAAAAGCCGUACCAAGGUAUUUGGGUGGGGGAUUACUCUGGCCACGGAUCCGAAUUCUUACUCGUGUUGCAGCGGGAUGGCCCAUUCGCACAAUGUCAUGACGACGAACAACCAGAUACUGAGAAUGAUUCGGCAAGCUCCACAUAUUCCUCUUCGGCAGGUUCGUCACUGCCUGUUCCACGAGGGAGAUUAGAAGCCAUAAAGUUGACCGGUGAUCCGAACGUACCUCGCGGGCAAAUAUCCUUUUUGGCAGAGGAUAUCGGACCAGGAGGAUUAAUCCGGAUCGCUGAUGAAAAUCUCUUCAAAGGAGCUCGGGUGGUGCGAGGUCAGGGCCAUAUUGCGUCGACAAAUUUCAGAGAUGAUAAGUUCAUCCCUGCUCAGCUUUUUCUUAUUUCACACGACUGCAUGGCUCUGUUCUGGGAAGAAUUGAAGCACGUUUCAUAUUAUCGGCGAGUCGAUAUUGAUGGUCUUGUUAAUCAAGAGCUGGAGUAA